ACAACUCGUUUUACAAAAACGCAUCGGUUUGUUAAAGAACUGCCAUCAAGACAAAACUGCCGGCAGGAGGUAUUAAUUUGUGCAUUCUUAGCGUCCACCUGUUGUCUUGCAGACGAACUUAGUGAAGGGGCGUGGUAGAAUCGGGACCCACGUGCCGAUAGUUACAUAAAUACAGUGAUCAAUCACGUUUACAAACUAUUAAAAUGGAGUUACAAAUAGUUCUUGUUGGGGCUGUUGUGUUCAUAGUAUCUGCAGUAAUUAUUUAUCUGAUUUCUGCCUUUACAAUGAAAGAAAAGACUUUUGAAGAAGUUAUUGCAGAACAGCGGCGUAAACAAGAAGAAGAAGAACUGAAAAUAAAACAAGAAAAGAAAGCUGAAAAAGAUACUCGCAGGAGAAAGAAGGGUAAGGAGAAGGUCAAAGGAGACCAAUCGCCAAAAGUUUCGAUGCCCAGCGUACCAGUUGUUAAACCAGAAGAACCCAAAUUUACUGAGCAUAAGAUGGUUAAUAUUGAGCUAGAGCCAGAAAUCAUUGAGCCAGUUGCAGCUGAAGUUCCAUUGAAGAAGACAAAGAAACUGGAUAAGCCAGCCAAACCAAUCCUGCAUAAUAAGGAUGAGAAGACAUACAAAGUUGCUGAGGAAAACAUGGAAGAAUAUGUGCACCGAGGGCCUCCUCCCAAGGAUGAUAUGGAGCUGAAACUGAUCCGGGACAAGAAAGAAAAGCAAAAGAAAGAGAGGAGUAAGAAACAGGAGGAGCCUGAACCAGUUGUGGAGGAAAUGAUGCAAAUGUCUCAAACCUCGUCGCAGGCUGCUGCACCUAGUGCAAAAACAGGGACUGGACAUGCGCAGUUGAUUACAUCAUUGAAAGAAGCGUCAUUCAGUGAAAAUGAGGCCCAAACUAUGAUUGACAUUCUGCUUUCAAAACAAGGAGGAGCAACGCCUGUUGCGAGUGACUGGAAUAAGAAAUCACAAAGAGGUGAUCCUGUAGUGAUGUUGCGAAAACAGUUAGAAGAAAAGGAGAAAGCAUUGCAAGAAGAGCAACAGAUGGUGUUUGCUGCCAACAACAAAUACAAAGAGAUAAAUCAACAGCUUACACAGGAAAAAUUAAAGGCACAGACAACAGAAAAACAACUAAUAGAGAAAAUUGACUACCAGGGCCGUGAAACAGUGGCCCUGCACCAGAGAAUGCAGCAUGCACAUGAGCAGCACAUGCAGGAAACCAAACAGUUUCAGACUCGUAUUCAACAGCUGGAGGCACAAACGGGGGAUAAAUCACAGUACCAGAAAGUUAUUGAAGAGAAUAAAUCCUUGAGGGAAGCAUUGACAAAAACUCAAUCAGAGUCAUUACCAGCUGCGGAGGCCAACAGCUUGAAGCAGAAAGUCAGUAUAAUGGAGAAGGAGAUGUCCAGCAACAUGUUAAAACUGAACUCCAGUGAGAACACGUGCACAACUUUGAAGAAGAAGGUUGAAAAGCUUGAAGCAGAGAUAAAACGUUUAGAAUCACAGUCAAGUACAGGAAGUGUAUUGGAAAAAAGGAUUGACGAGCUUAGCCAAGAGCUUCGAAGCCUUGAAUCUAAAAAUAAAUCACUCGAAGGAGAGCGCGUGAGUCGCGAGCAGGCAGUUGACAUGGCGCAGAAAGAAUGCGUAAAUCUGAAGAUCAAACUGCAGGAGUUGGAAAGGGCACUUACAGAGAGCGAUAAUUCAACACGCGAAAGGGAAGAGAGGCUAAAGAGAGUCUCCGAGUCGGAGGCAGAAAGACUUAAAAUAAAUACAGAAGAAAACUUAAAAAACUUGCAGAAGAAAAUAGAAAGUAUUGACAAUGAAAAGACAAGUUUAAAAACAGAGGUGCAGAGUUUGAAGCAGGAGAAUAGCCAGUUGAGUACAGAGUUGAAGACCACACAGGAGAAGGUCCAGGAGACGCAGGCAAAGUCGUCACAGAUGAACGGGGACGUGAGGGAGUCUGAGAACACAAUCAGCAUGGAGGACCAUCACAAGCAGCUCAGUGACAAAGAUGCACAACUCACCAAACUGACAACAGAGAUGCAAACAACCAUUUCCAAAGUAGCAGAGUUAGAAAGUCAGUUGGAGACACAAAAGCAGAAAAACAAUGAUUUACGCACAAAGAAUUGGAAAGCUAUGGAAGCAUUAAACCAAACUGAAAAAUCUGUCAAUGACAAAGUUCAAAGUGCAAUUAAAGAAAAGAUGGAUGCGUUGUCAAGCAAUCAAAGAGAAGUAGAGUCGUAUGACAAGACGUUAUUGCAGAGGCUGUUCCCAGAAGUCACUGUGGCCAGCAAAGCGAGCCAUAAGGAAUGGAUGACAGAGUUUGAACAGCAGAUAUCCGCCCACAAUAAAGCCUUAAAACAGUCUUCCUCUGCAUCCAGUGAUAAUAGUGCCAAACUGGAGGUGCGUGUUUCCGAGCUGGAGUCUCACAUCGAGGAGUUGAAGACCAGGCAGGCUGAGGCCGAGUCAAGUCGGGACAAGUUGCAAUCAGCCCUCGAGGAGUCCGACAGUGCGUCUGCGAAACUUCAGCUGCAAGUGGGACAAUACCGCAAUGUGCUCUCUGAAACAGAGAACAAGUUAACACAAUUAGAGAACAGUGUUGAGGCAGAGGAGAAGAAGUGGCAGGAGAGACUGGCGGCUAAGGAGGAGGAGCUCACACAGUUGAAAAAUGAACAUGCCAGUGCAAAAUCAUCAGGCUCUGACAGCCAAGAGAUGAAGGACAGACUGUUGGACUUGGAGAGCCAGUUUAGGACCUCCCAAGACCAGUGUAGCCUGCUACAGUCACAGCUUAAACAGGCUGAGAGCAGGACCACUGAGUACACUGUGCACAUCACGGAACUCCAGAAGACCAGCACCGCUGUUACAGAAGUCAAUGCAGAAUUAGAAAAACUAAAGGUGUCCCUAGCAGGAGAACAGAAGAAAAACAAGGAUCUAGCAUCACAAAUUGUCCGACUGAAUGGCAUUAUCAAGACUGGUCAUGAUGCCCUGACGCAGGAACAGAACUUGGUGAAGAAGCUUAAAGAACAGAUGUCCAACGGUGUGGACAAACAGGGGUCUGGAGAUAUUCCUGCAUCGUCUGAGGUGGACAAGUUACGAGCACAGCUAGAGGAGAAAGAUCGGCUUCUAGAAAAAGAAAUCAGUGCAAAAAAGCUUCUUAGUCAAAAAUUGGCUCAAUUAGGUGUAAUGACCGCCUCUCACACCAGUCUAAAUGAUGAGGGUACGUCUGUGUGAGCACUGGGAACCUGACCAAUGUCUGCCGACAUCCUCUACAGCUUCGUAUACUUGGAAAGCAGAGAAUAUAUUAACCAUGCAUUUGAUCCACUGACUACAUAAGACACUUUUUUCUGCAGUCCGAUAAAAUUGAGACUGUCUUUAUUAUAGUAUUGCAUUGUUUUGUUGUAUCUAUUUAUGUUCAUUUUAUGAAGAUGCUGUUAUGAGAUACUUAAGAUUUUUUUGUACAACUUAAACUUGUUGAUAUUUCUGAUAGAUAAAGAAAACAUUUGUCCCGCACUUCUAACCACUGUAAUGUAUGUACAUAGUUAUUGCAACUGUUGCUUGUACACAUAGAGGGUAUUAAAAUGAUUUCUUACUGGUUGUGCUCAUGAUUGAUAUAAAUUUUAUGAUAUUUACUUGUUAACAGCUGUGUGCAGCUUAACCAAACAUUAUUCAAAGUACUAGUACAUUUGGUCUGCGUACUAUUUCAGUUUCUUGCUUUGAAAUUCUAUAAAGCAUUAACAAAAAAACAUUUUGUAUAUACAAUUAUUGUGUAUAAAUCCUGUUGCUAUGUGAUACUGAUGCAGAUUUUACCCUAGAAUAUUGUAAUGCUGCUAAGAAUUCUCUUUUAUGUUCUGUAUUUAAGUUUUCAGUACUGUUACUUUAUAGAAUACUAAAUUUGUGUAAAAAUAUAUGAACCGCCUUUCGAAAAAGGCAUCUUAUAAUCAGGUGCAUACAAAGGAGUAUGUGAUGCAUUUUGAGAAAAUGGGGCUUAAUGCAUGUGCGUAAAGUGUCAUCCUAGAUUAGCCUUUGAAGUCCACAGGCUAAUCAGGGACGACACGUUCCACUUUUAUGGUAUUUUUCGUUUAAAGGAAGUAUCUUCUACACGAACAUCCAGUUAAGGCAGAAAGUGAAGUCCCUGAUUAGCCUGUGCGGACUGCACAGGCUAAUCUGGAAAGACACUUUUGGCACAUGCAUUAAGCCCACAUUUUCUCAGAUAGCGACUCAGUAUAUAAGGUUGUUCAAGAAAUCAUUUUUGGCUCAGUGUUAGUUAUUGCAGUAACAAACAAUGGUUUGGAGUUCAGAUGUGUAGGAAUCUAACCAUUAGGUCAACAGCUUGAUUGGUUGAAUUGCAAGCAUGGCAAUGAUGAACUCUUAGAUUUUACUGCAAUAAUCAACACGUAGACUUUAACUAUUUCGACUUUUGGGCAUUUGUACAAUUUGUUUGUGUAAUGUAGAAUAAUUAUUUAUAGAUUUUAAACUAUCCUCCCAAAUGAUGCAACACCAAGGGAAUAAUCCAAGUGACAUCAUAGAUAUUAUUAAACUCAGUGAAGCUAUUAUGCUAAUAAAUGCCAAACAAACAAAACGUAAACAAUUUUGGUAGAAUUAAAUAUAACAUUUGCACAACUACAAUGUAUUUGUUUUUUACCGCACUGCAUGAUACAUUUUUGUCAAAAGUUUAUGAGAUCAGAUGUGUAAGCAUGCUUGAAUUGUAUGGAAUUUAACUUUUGGUUUCAAAUUGAUUGUAUGUUUGCAUAAUAUUAUUUAAAUGGCAAUUUUUACAUAAUUUAACUGCCUGUAAUUAACAAUCUGACUUGAGAUUCAAACAAUUAUUUGCAAUUAGUGUAAAUUGAGCUGAUUGUUAAAACUAGGGGACCAAAAUUAAGCGGGUAUGGUCAUUACUUUUACAUUGAAAUGUUUUUAAAAUGUUUAUUUUGGGAACUUUAUCAUAGAUAUACAUGAAGAAAUAUGUUUUAGCUUAAUUGUUAAAAGUUGGUAUACAGAUAUCAUUUCUUCUGAUUGAAUAGCGAUUCUAUGAUGGGAUUUUUAUACAUGUAUGUUACUGGGUAAGUCAUCUGCAAAUAAUAUUUGUAAUAGCAAGCAUGGUUUAAAUUCAAGAACAACAUAACAAUGUUACAUAUGACUUAUGUUUGUUGCAAACCUUUACAUGCACAAAUGUUAUGAAUAUCAGUGUUUAAGAACUUAAAAAGGCCUUUAAAAAAAUUACAGUUUUUUUAAACUGUCAAUAACUAUUUUUUUUUAAAUUGGUGAUACCAUAAAACUUUGUUUGAAGUAUGGAAAUAAAUACAACAUUUAAAGUGAAAUUAUGGGCAUUUUUCACUGUUGAAUUGAGCUGAAAAGAAUUAAAAAGUCAAAGAGUUAGUUAAAAUGUGGUAACUGACCAAUUAUCUGCAACUCAUCUUUCUACCAGUUGUUUAUAAAAAAAAUAAUAUUAUAUUCGAUAUUUUACAUGACUGUCCCAGUCCUCUAAGCUGUUCGUAACUUUUAUUAGGAUCAGAGUUAGUGUUCCUGUGUCGUAUGAAUAGAUAUCGUUGAAGAAAAGCAAAUCAUUUCUGUUGUCAGUUGUCAAACGAAAGUACGGUUGAUAUUCAAAUGAAUUAUGUUUCUUUUUCCGGGAUAUUGUUUUAGAAUUUUGAUGCUGCAUUCACAAAUAUAUAACUGUAUAUGAAGUGAAAACACCAAAAAAUAAACAAGGAUUGCCAUAUACACCUAUAAACAUAGCAUAUACUUUUAGAUGGGUCUAAUGUCACUUUAAUCCUCAAAAGGGAAUUAAAUUUAUCUGACAAGCCUAAAUAAAUGUUUUAGGGUUGGGGUAGGUGACGCAAACACACUUUUGUAUGUAUAAGCCUGUUUACAACUAGACAACACUUCUGUUUUAAAUCUUAAUUGAUGACACCCCAGAUGAAUAUACAUUUCAUGAUAACCAUUUAUUAUAAUGGUUAAUAGCUAACAUAUCUCAUAAAUACAUGUCAAGAUGCCAGCCAUAACAUCAGACUGCACAGUAACCAUACAUGUCAAAUAUUUGAUAAUUUAGUCAUUUGAAUUGUAGACAAUGUUUUUACUAACAAUAAUAAUGGUAAGAAGUUAUAUGCCUAAAUAGAUGUGUUAUGUUAUUGGUUUGUGUGAUUAGGUAGAUAUAGAUGAAGUAGCAACAAAAUAUAUAUAUAAUAUAUACAUAAAUAUCCAAUUUUGUUUAGAUAGUGACUAAUGAGGUGAGGUUUGACCUAGACGUCUAGGUCUGUGGUUUAUCUUGCAAACAAUAUUUCCCUUGCCAAACAAUCAAGGUUGUUAUUUCUUGAACUUUAAAUUUCCAAAUACCUAGUACAUAAAGGCUUGGCCUGUCAGUGAUUUGCUAGAUUUGUGCGAUACAAAACCUGUGUAAAUGACAUGUACCCAUAAGUAUGUAAUUGUUGUAACUUUGUUUUACAAAGAUUGGAUAAAAGUAUCACCAAAUUACAAAAAUGUAAGUAGAUUUUUUAGAAUUGUUGUUAAAUUAUAUAAUAAAAACAAAGAAUUAGCGAUAUGUUCAGAGGUAAUGGCAGAAAAACCCUGUUAAAUGUCUGCCAAACACUGUCACGAUUUAUUCUGCUCCUCAACUACACAUGUGUAGUGGAAGUAUUUAUUUCCAUCCAUCAAUAGUCACUAACAGUGUGGUAUUUGAGAAAAUACGGUACUAUAUUGUUUUGCAAAUGGAACAUUUUUUUUUGUUUUCUCUAGUCCAUUACUGUGAUAUUCAUUCACUAGAGCUGCAAUAUUGCCAAUAAAACUUCAACCAUUUCAUAAAGAGACAGAGGUAGUGUCGUGUAAAUGAAGGUGUGCCCAUUUUAAAAUUAUGGAAACCACAUUAAAGACAUUUCUGUCUGCAUGUCUUCAUUUGUUUGUAUGACUUUGCCAAAAAAUAACUAUGCACUGAAUUCUAUCAUGAAAUAGGUACAUCAAUAAUCACAAGUGUAUUAGUAAGCCUUUCUGGAAUUUUUCAUAUAACCAUAUACACUACUUCUAAUUCAUGUACUAAACAGCUGUAAACAUGUGUACCAGUACUUGUACACAUUUGAAAAUUGAAAGAUUAUAAAUGUAAAGAAAAUAAUAAGCAUUUAAUAAGCCUACCAGGUUCAAACCAGAACAGCCUAUGAGUAACAGCUCAGGUUUGCUGUUUGCUGCCAAUCAGUAUUGUGGGGUUGGAAAUGAAGAUUUUAAAAUUUUAUUCUAUUAAGAAAGGUCUUUAAUUUGAUUUUUCUGAGGGAAAGAAAUCAGUCGAAAAGCUGUCUAAGCUGUACAGGGUUAAACAGUCUCUCACUUGUUGUUCAAUGUAUUAAUUCCAAUGGCAGUACUGUAUAAACAUUUGAAUAAAAAACCAUCAGACAGUACAUAGUUUUUUACUGAAAACAUUCUAUUUUAUUGCUUUUGACAUUUAAGUUCACUAUUAUGUUUUUUCUGAGGUUUUCACCCUGCAUCUUUCACGGCUUACGAUACUUUCGUUCCCUUUUAACUACCAUGCUGUACUAUGUGAAUUAAUGUUUGGAGUUUGUAUUCCCUCAUAUGGGGGAAAGAUUAUGUGCAGCUGGGUAAAUGUGUGAAAUUAAAAACACACCACUUGUUGCUUUUGUGAUUUUAAUAUUGUACAACUAUUGUUUGCUUCAUAAAAUAUCUCUUGUUAGUGUCACAAUGUGUUAUUAUUUUGUCAGAUAUUGCCAAGAAAUGUAUAAUAUUAAAGGAUAAAUAGAUGUUUUAAAUAGUUAUGUAAUGUAUCAUUAAAGUGCAGGGUUCUAUUUAGCUGUGUUGGUUCUUGUAAUAUUCAUUGCUUGCUCAUCUGUAGCUGUCUCUGUAGACAAAAUGAACUGCUUGUCAUGGAAAUAAAUGUAAUGCAGAGA